GCAAAACAUGACUUGUGUAUACUUUGUGUUUAAAUGACCAUCGAUUGAAUAAUAUACGAUGCAUGCCUUGUGUAUACGUAAGAACAAUCAUAUUUGUCACCUAAUAAACCAAAAUAUAUCAUGCAAACGUAAGCUGCUGUUUGAAGAAGCAUUCAUAAUGAUUCAAUGGAAACAGCGAAUAUUUUCAGGAAUUCAACCCACUGGAGCUCCCCAUCUUGGUAACUAUUUUGGAGCUAUUAAGAAAUGGUCCACUUUGCAAAAUGAGGGAAAAGAUUGCAUUUUCAGUAUUGUGGAUUUGCAUUCUAUUACAUUACCUCAAGAUCCAAAAAAAUUAAGGUACAAUAUUCGUUUAAUGGCUGCUUGUCUGAUAGCUUGUGGCAUAAAUCCAAAUUCAUCUGUGCUGUUCUUACAAUCACAGGUUCCACAACAUGCUGAAUUAGCAUGGAUUCUUGGUUGUUUAUGCACCAUGGCAAGACUAACACAUCUUCCUCAAUAUAAGGAAAAAUCAACUACUUUAGAACAUUUUCCACUUGGAUUAUAUCUUUACCCUGUAUUGCAAAGUGCUGAUAUCUUAGCAUACAAGGCGACUGAGGUGCCUGUUGGUGAAGAUCAGUUGCAGCAUAUACAAUUAAGUCAACACCUUGUUAAAAUUUUCAAUAAUAAAUUUGGCGAAAUAUUUCCAACUCCUGUACCAUUAAUAGAUGCCAAUUGUGCAAGAAUAAAGAGUUUAAGACAGCCUGAUAAAAAAAUGAGUAAAUCAGAUUUUAAUUUCAAAAAUCGAAUUGAAUUGACAGACAAACCAGAUAUAAUACUGAAGAGGAUAAAAGAAGCUUUAACAGAUUUUACAUCAGCUGUCACUUUUGAUAUAGAUAAACGCCCUGGUGUCAGCAAUCUAAUAUUAAUCCAUGGUCUUUGUACUGGGAAGUCCCAUGAUAUUAUUUGUUCUGAAAAUCAGCAUCUAAACACUGGCCAGUAUAAGCUAGUAGUUGCAGAAGCUGUAAUUGAAUAUUUGAAACCAAUACAGCUAGAAAUACAAAGGCUUCUGUCUGACCAAUCCCACAUUGAUCAGGUGCUGCGAAAAGGGUCAGAGAAAGCAACUGAAAUAGCUUCUAAAACUAUGUUUGAAGUUAAAGAAGCUGUUGGCCUCUCAUUUGAUGUCAAGUUUAAUAGUUGACAAAGACUAUAAGUAUGUAAAUAUUGAAUUAGAAAUUUUGUAUUAUAAUUUUGAAAAAAAUUAAACUCCUACUUAGUCUA